AUGUAGUUCACACAAGGCAUAAGGCAUAAGGCUAAUUGGCAACCAGUGUGAGCGUAUCUGUGCUCCGGAUUACCCCAGCCAGAACGUCUACCCAACGCCAGGCGAGUGCAGACGUAUCGCCCAACAGCAUACCCACUUUCGCACACGUAUGCGACGUUUUGGUCUUCAUGUCCCUCCUGAAUGGUCGUACGAACACGCGCUGUCUCAUUCCAUCACUCUCCUGUCGAACCAUUGUACGUUAAGGACCUUCAAAAUAAUCUUUCCGCCGACGUACUAUAUUUUCUGGCACUCUACCAUAAGCCAAUGGUAUAGGCAUCAACUCACAAGUCUGCACGAAAACCUGUUUGUGAACUGCGAGAAAGCGGAUAUUUGGCCGACUGACUGGGUAUGGGUGUUCUUGAAGUAUAAUGCAGCAACGUACAAAAUGCUGGAUUCAAGUGAUUACGUGAGGCUAUUACAGCCGUGGCUCAGGAGAUAUUCAGGUGAGUGUCAGGGAAUAGUUCAGGGAAUUCGGGCAGAUCCCAGAGGUAGCAGAGUAGUUUAUGGGCUUAGCAGCAAAAGAAAAGGGGGGAGAUAUAGGCUGGUUGAGAGAGAUGAAUGUGCAAGUCUUUGUGGACCGAAGGCUCUAGCACGAGAAGAGAUAGAUGAAGAUGAUUGGGUAAACUUCUGAGGGUUGGGCGAGGUUGAAAGUAGGAUUAAGGAGUAUGGAAGGGUCCAGACUAGGGGUCCAAUGCAAGCUUACAUGUAAAAACACUUAAGCUUUACGAGUAGUCCCGCUAUGUGAUAGAUGUGAAGUUGACAACAUCCAUAGCUAUUGGUUUCUAGUCCGGGGAGCCAACCUAACAAAGAUAGAGGACGCAGUUAUCGAAGGAAGAAAUAAGUUCAAGACUGAGGGGGAAAUGGGAGCA